GGGGACGCAGGACGGAAAGUCCCCUGCUGGUCAGAUGUCAAAGCGAAUGAAUGGAUGUGGGAACAGCCGGAUUCACACGACCCCUGAUAAUGGAGGCAAAAUCAAAACCUCAAACAAACAUGACACAGCCACGAGCGGCACCUGAGAUUCUUUCGCUGGUCCGUCCCCAUACCGCCCGUACUUCAUGUUGGUCUGGAAGAACAUGCCAUGUUUCUCUUGGCGUCUCUCACCCAGCUCCUUCGUGAUUCCAUGGCUCCCUGGCCCAACGAGUGGUUAGAUUCGCGGAUCUCAAGGCUUGUUUUCACGACGCGUUGCGACGCCACUCGGCUGGCCCUGCUUUGGGACAGGCGAAAUAACUGGAGAGGGGUUACAGGCGAGCGACGUGCCAAAACCCCGAGCUUAUCAGUGUGUGUUCGCGGCGGAGGGGGUGGCGGUCGGUUGCUUCCGUGGGUUUACGGUCUCGGCUCCUCCUUCAUUCCUGUCACCUCGCCCCGUUUGUAGAAUUGCUUGGGUUGGAUGCUAUCCUUCGUGCUAUGGAGGACAUCCAUAUGUCAUUUUCACAGCAGAGGAAUUUUAGCACCUCGAAAUCCAUGCCCUAUUCCACUUCCACUGCAAUGGGUGAUAUUUCUAGGCGGGCACUUAAGAGAGUGCAAAAAAAAGGCUGAGAAAAUGCAGCAAUGGCUGCCUGAAUGUAUUUUAUCUUUUCCUUUCUUCAGACUCAAACCAUUGCAGAAGCCAUUGAUGACGUCGAUUCGGCUUCUUAUGCAAAAACCCCGCAGGGCAGGCGCCCACCCCACUGUAGCCGCACCUAACCGCAUGCGGUUGGCAGCCUGUCUCGACCUCAUCGACGAACAGCCUCGUCCUCCAACACCGCCGGCCUGAAACACGCGAGAGGAGUAGACCUACAACAUGGAGCAAGUCAAGGCGCUCAACGCGUUGGAGCCCUUCCUGGCCCUAUCCAAGUCGGCGACCUCGCCCCGGGCGGCGGCCGACCUGGUGAUGCGCGCGACGUCGGCGCCCAACACCUUCAUCUUCGCCGAGCUGCUCGAGCGCCCGCAGAUCCAGGCCCUCGCCUCGUCCCCGGAGCACUCACCCGCCCUACAGCUCCUCCGCAUCUUCAGCCACGGCACCUGGACCGCCUACUCGUCCACCCCGGGCCUGCCCGUGCUCAGCGACGCCCAGGCCCGGAAGCUGCGCCAGCUCUCGCUCCUCACACUGGCGCGCGACCGCGCCUCGCUCGCCUACGACGUGCUCCUGCGCGAGCUGGGGCUGUCGUCGGCGCGCGCGCUCGAGAACACGGUCGUGUCGGCCGUCUACGCCGGCCUGGUGCAGGCCAAGCUGGACCCGGCCGCGCGCUGCGUGCGCGUCAGCUCCGUCGCCCCGCUCCGCGACCUGGCCCCCGGGGCCGUUCCCGGGAUGGUGGCCGCCCUGCGCGCCUGGUCCGACCGCUGCGUCGAGGGCUUGGCCGCGCUCGAGGCCGAGGCCGCCGCCGUGCGCGCCGCCGCCGCCGAGAGGCGCGCCGACCGCGCUGCCUGGGAGGACCGCUUCACGCGGCUCGUCGAGGACGAGAAGAUGCAGGCGGACCACUCGGGGGGCGGCAGCGGGGGCCCCGGCGGCCUGGCCGGGCCGGGGAAGAAGCUCAUGGGCGGGCCUGGUCGCCGCCUCGGCGGCUUCGGGAAGCGCGGAAGCACCCUGAUGGAGAGCAGCGCCGCCGCCGACCCUGGAGACGAGGCCAUGGACGUUGACGAUGACGAUGUGGAGGCCAAGAGGGCGAGUCGGCGGAAGUUAUGAGAGGUUCACGUUCUGAGAGUCUCGUCGUUUUGACACCCGUCUCGCGGGAGCGGAUCCUCACCUCUACGAUCGGUAACAGAGUCGGGGACAAGGGGAGACGAUACAAGCUGAUAUGGCGGAGAAACCAGACUCCAGCUGUGCCCGUCCCAAAAUCACCAUCCAUAUAUCACAGGCACUUAAACUGAGCUAGGCGCUGCCUCAAAAGAAAAUAGCAGCUCAACGCUCGCUUGAGAUUAGUACUGACCAUGUGAUGCCGGCCUGCAUGCCUCAAGUCCCGCACACACGCGUCCCACGAUGGCCUAAAAGAGACAAGGGGAACCAGUGGUGCGAUAUUGUACAGUAAGUGGUAUCCUAAACCAACCAAAUAGUCCUUUCCGUACUCGUGAAUAUCGUAACGGGAAUUAGAAGGAGAAAAGAACAUUGCGAUUGGUCUAAAGAAGGAAAACAAAAAUACCAGGGUG